AUGGUGACAUGGCAGAUGCUACCUAGUGGGUUGGAGACGGAGGUGACGUUUGAAGUGGAGGACAGCGACGUGUGGACGAUUUUUCAGAAGAAUAGCAUUGGUAUUAAGUGGCAGAGCGAGCUUUCGAUACAACACGAGUCAAAAGUGUUAAAGAGUUGUGAGAGAAGUAAGAGGAGACGCCACUUGUCACUACCAGAAACGUACUACGCUAUAAACAACUGUAUUUUACCAUAUGAUCAUUCCUUAGAAGAGCUGUGGAAAAAAUUUGAAAGCUCAAGUGCGACAUUCGCGAGGAAUCUGGCUGUGUACCAUCAUUUUCGACAUCUUGGCUGGAUUUUGAAGUCUGGGCUUAAUUAUGGUGCACACUACGUGCUGUAUCAAGGUUCAGCCGCGACUUAUCAUUCCCAGUACAUUGUAUACGUGCACGACGAAGAUAAAGCGAUAUCGUGGAACACAAUACAGUCGCUUACUAGGAUAGCUGCGGAUGUCAAAAAGACCGUGCUUCUGUGCACUGCAACAAUAUUAAGUAAGGAAAGCAACUCAAUCGCCUUGGAUACUAACCCCACAUUUGGCGUUUAUAGUUUCCACGACGUCCAGUAUAUUGUCGAAGCUGUUGCUAUUCGCUUUUGGGAUGCGUCACUAGCUGACGAAUCACAGUCAUUCAACUUUCAGCAACUAUCACUCUCACCAAAGAGAAUGAAGUCUGCUAGAAAAAAACAAUAA